UGACCAGUCACCGACCCGGAAGCAUUGUCAAUUGCGGCCCUCGACUCCGCGAAGCACGUUCCACCGACCGCUUCUUUGGGGCAGCUCCUCUCGGGCGAUCCGUGAUCAUUUGACGGGGGUCCUCCCUAGUUCCGUCUUGAUAAAUACCGGCCAACGAGCGUCGAGUUCAUCCGGACCCUCUUCCGAUCCUACACUUCGAGCAUCCCGUCUACAGUACUCGUCGAGAAAAAUGGCACCUCCAGCUGCAACUCUCCCUCAGCGCACGGACGAGACGAUCUUCGCGUCGAAGGUCAACAUCAAGAUGAACGGGGCACACGCAAACAAUGGCGCGACGUACGAUGUUCUCGAGGAUUAUGAGGGAAACUACCGCUUCGCCCCUAUUGAGGAGGCGCAGGUCUCAAGGGCCAUGAUCAAGCGGUACUUCAACACGAUGUACGAGCGGGCUGUGUCAGACGUGGUAAUCAUCGGAGCGGGCAGUGCAGGAUUGUCCUGCGCAUACCACCUUGCGAAAUCUCGUCCAGACUUGAAGAUUACUAUCAUUGAGGCUAAUGUCGCUCCUGGCGGUGGUGCCUGGCUAGGUGGCCAGUUGAUGACGCCUAUGAUCGUCCGAAAACCCGCGGACCGUUUCCUCACCGAGAUCGGUGUCCCCUUUGAGGACGAAGGCGCCUUCGUCGUCGUCAAGCACGCCGCACUCUUCACCUCCACCAUCCUGUCGCGCGUUCUCACGUUCCCGAAUGUCGUCCUCGUGAACGCCACCGCUGUCGAGGACCUCAUCGUACGCACCGACUAUGCCGGCCAGCAGCGCGUCGCGGGCGUCGUCACCAACUGGACGCUCGUUGCGCUCAACCACGACACGCAGUCGUGUAUGGACCCGAACGUCGUCACCGCUCCGGUCGUCAUCAGCGCGACGGGCCAUGACGGACCGAUGGGCGCGUUCUCUGCGAAGCGCCUCGUCAGCAUGGGUCUGCUGAAGGAGCUCGGCAACAUGCGCGGACUCGAUAUGAACAGGGCUGAGCCUGCCAUUGUCAACGGCACCAGGCAGGUUGCACCGGGUCUGAUCAUGACGGGUAUGGAGCUCUCGGAGCACGAUGGCUCGAACCGCAUGGGCCCGACGUUCGGUGCUAUGAUGGCGAGCGGAAUCAAGGCUGCUCGUGAGGCUAUCCGCAUCUUCGAGACCGCUCAGAUCGCCGACGGCAAGGUGGUGGGGUGAAUGUCGAAGUCCGCAGUAAAUGAGAGAGGCGAAAGAGGAACUCAAACGUGUAAUUUUCACUGUAGUUGAACUAUGUAGCCGCACAAAACGCUGUCGUAUUACUAGUAAUGGCACACUGGCACCGAGUUAGUGAGG